AUGAAAUAUGUUAUCGAUAUAUUUAUUGGAUCCUCAUAUUCUAUGAUGAUAUUAUCAAGCUUUAAAAAGAUUAAUUAGUCUAAAUUUAUAGAUAAUGUUAAAUUCAUCUAUAAAUUACUGAAUUAUAUAAGAUUUAUAUUUAGCUAAAUAAGUCGAACCAAACCAUAAAAAGGUUGUCGAUAUUUUUUUCUCAAAAUUAUUAAAUCUAAUAAUUAUUUCAUAUACUUUUUCUAAUCUAAAAAAUAAAGUUAAUUUACUAUCAACAUAUUUAAUUAUUGUAUGAAAUUAUUUAUGAUACUUAUUGUUUUGGUAUUUUCAACUCCAUCAUCUGUGAUUUAUGAGUUUAAUGCAAAUUCCUAAAUAAAUGAUGGAUGGGUUAUUAGAGAUAAUGACUGUUUUUUUUAUAAUUGCGGAGGGAUUUUUUAUUUUGGCUAACCUCUUAAUGAUGAUAAUCCAAUUUGGAUUAGCAGAUUAUUUUCAAAUCUACAAGACCAUUCUCACAUUUUAGUAGAGGCUAAAGUUUUGAGAAUGUAUACCUCUGAUCCUUUUGUCAUUGAAUUAGACUAUAUUACAGCUCAAUAGUCACUCACUACAUCUUCAUCUACAAGUUCAGUUUGCUCCGGUUCAUAAGUAUUUACUAUAACUACAGCCCUUUUUAAACACAAUAGAAGAACUCUUUGGAUAACAGCUCAUUUCUUUAAUGCUGGAGGUUUACUGUCAUUAAAAAUAAGCAUGAUUAAUUGUUAUUAUGACUGUCCUGGGUGCAUAGAGAAUUACAAAAUAUUUUGCUUAUCAUGGAAACUGCAUUAAUAUUCAUUUGGUGAAAAAUUGAUUACAGAUUCUGAUGGAUGGAUAUUUGAACCAACUUUUUCAUCUAGUUUCAAUUGCGGUGGAUGUAAAUUUGUGUAUUUUUUUGAAACUAGUUAUUCUACUCAACUGCCUAUUCAUUAAGAUUUAUUAAUUAGGCUUUAUAAAGGAAACACAAUGAUAAUAAUAGACUAUGUAAAAGGUAAAAAAACUUAUAGUUAUGAUGUCUAACUAGUAGAAAUAUUAAUAGAAAAUCAUCUUGAUCCAAUUCUAUAACUGAAUAUUAAAUCUCAACCAAGCACUGACCGUGGUUAAAUAAGAGAUUUUGAAUUAUAUUACACUAAACCAAAAAUAACAAUAAAUAAACCAAAUGAAGGUUGUUUAGAAUAAAUUGAUACUAGAUGCCUGAUUUGUUAAGAUGGUUGGAUUUAUGAUCAAUUUCUUGAAAAUUGUCAUCCAAUUUGUGAUGAUAAAGGAUUAUUAUGUCAAACAAGAAAUUUUGAGGUUUCUUCCACUUAAACAAAAAUAGAAAUAAAUAAAUUUAAUGAAGGGUGCCUAGAGUAAAUUGAUAAUAGAUGCCUAAUUUGUAAAGAAGGUUGGAUUUAAGAUAAGUUUCUUGAAAAUUGUCGUCCAAUUUGCGGUGAUGGAGUUAUUCAAGGAUAAGAAAAAUGCGAUGAUGCUAAUCUGAUAUCUAAUGAUUCUUGUUAUUAAUGUGAAUAUUCAUGUAUAAACUUUUGCAAAACUUGUGAAUUUGGAAUUUGUUUUGAAUGUGUUUUUGGAUACGAUCUUAAUGCUGAUUUUAAUUGUGUUCCUUUGUGUGGAGAUGGCAAUGUAAUACCCUAUUCGAAUGAAUAAUGCGACCUGACAGAUGAUGGGGAAUGGAAUAAUUGUUAAGAUUGCCUUUAUAAAUUAAUUGUUGGUUGUAAACAUUAAUUACUUUCAAUGUGCUUGUAGUGUGAAUUGGGAUUUUAGCUUUCAGAAAAUGCAUGUUUUCCUCAAUGUGGAGAUAAAUUCAUUCUCUAAUAAUAUGAGGAAUGUGAUGAUGGAAAUUUGCAACCUUAUGAUGGUUGCUUCUAAUGCAAGUUUCAAUGCCCAGAAGAUUGUAACUUAUGUGAUAAAGGACAAUGCAUUUUGAAAUGUGAAGAUGGAUACAAGUUUGUUAAUAAUAAUUGCCUUUCUGUUUGUGGUGAUCAAAUAGUCACAAAAGAAGAGGAUUGUGAUGAUGGCAAUACAAUCCAAUUUGAUGGUUGCUUCAAUUGCAUGUAUUCUUAUUCUUGUCCAGAAAAUUGCUAUGACUGCUAUCAAGGUACUUGUUUAGAGUGCAAUGAUCAAUACUAAUUACUAAUUUCAAAUUAAUGCAAACUAUAAAUAAAUUGUGGAGAUGGAUAUCUUUAGAAAUAUGAGGAAUGUGAUGAUGGAAAUUAUGAGGCUUUAGAUGGAUGUAGGGAUUGUUUGAUUGAAUAAAAUUGGAUAUGCGUCACAAUUAUAAAAGACUCUCCUAGUUAAUGUUCAUUUUCCAAACCUCCGAAUUUAGUAGUUACUUACCUCAACAUGACUUCAAAUAAAUAAUAUAUUAGAAUCUAAUUUAGUUAAUAAGUAAAAAUAUACACAACUUCACCUUUAUCAGAAGGAAUAAAUUUUAAAUUAUCAAAUGUAAACAAGAAGAAUUGGAAUAGCAACUUAUACAUAAUUUAAGAUGUAGGAUCAUUUGUGAGUUUUGGAGAAUAUGUUAUCGAAAUAAAUGUGCUAUAAUUACUUGAAUUUAGACCUAUCUUAACAAUUUUGGUAAAUUAGACAGUUGCUAAUAUAGACGAUGUUGUAAUGGAUGAGCUUACAAAAUCAAUAACUUUACAAUAUCCAUAAUAUCUUGAUGAAACUUAGAAGGAUUAUUCUUAAGGGUUGAAAAGUUUAAAUGCCUAUUUAAUCUAUGGUUUGUCUGGGUUUGCCUGUGGAAAUCUAUUAUUUGGAAGUGGGGAUUUAUUUAUUGAAAUUUUGGCAAUCCUUUAAUUUCAGCAAUAUUUGAAAUACAUUAAUCUACAAUUUCCGGAAAAUUUAGAGAUAUAUUUUUCUAUUUAUGAUUUAGUAACAAUAGAACCUCUAUUAGACUUUAUAGAUUUUUCAUAAAUAUUUUAAUUCAUCCAACUUUAGUAAAAUGAUUAACCAUAUUAGGAAGGAAAAUUUAACAUUUACAAAUAUGACCCAAGUUUGAUCAUUAAUCUUUCAAGCCAAAUAUUAUAAAGCUUAAUAUUUUUAUUCCUUAUCAUUUUGUGUCAACUAAUUAAAAAGACUAUAUACAAGCGCAUAUUUUGUUCUAAAAACUUUUACUAUGCGUCAUAAUUAUCCUUAUAUAUCAACCCAAAGUUAAUUGCUAAGUUUCAAGCCUUCUUUUAUAACUUUUGCCUAGAUUUGAUUAAUUUUAAAAAAUUUAUAUCUUUUAAAGGUAUGUAAAAAGCAUUACUUCUAAAUGGUUGGGAUAUGAUAUUUAAAACUCUAUUGUAUACACGGAAUUUUUAAACUGACAAUUCCUUAGAUAUUGUUCAACUUAUUAUGGCAAGCAUAAUUCUUCUUCUUUAUUUUACCUUAUUUCUAGGUAUAUUCAAAGAUUAAUAAUAAAAAAUGUAAUAAUAAGAAAGGUUUGAAAUGCAAAGCUUCGGAAGAUAAUUUUUCUUUUUAUUAUUCCUUAUUAAUAUUUAAGGAUCUCAAUUUUUUUAAUUAGGAUUACUCCUUUUGACAAAUUAUUAUUUAAUUAUCGAAAAGUUUAAAUUAAAAAAUAAAUAUAUUGUUUAGAUGGUGAUUGAGAUAUCAGUAUUGACUUUUAUAUUUAGUUCAUACUUAUACAUGUAAGAUUUUGAUGAAUAUUUCAAUGAAGAAAAAAAACUCAUAUUGGGAUGGCUCCAUAUCACCAUUUUAUCUUUAGGCCUUAUUGUAGAAUUAAUUGUGAACAUCAAAGAUGCAUAUGAGAAAUGGAAAGAGAUAUAUGAGAGUUAAAAACCUGAAUUCGCAAAAAUUCAAUUAUUUAUAUGA